AUGCAUGACUCGGCAGCAGAAAUCGAUGUCGAAAGUAGACUGGAGCGACUUGAGCACGCAGUCCGGCAGUUGACAGACUCUGUCAAUCGAGCCUUACAAACGAUUACAUCGGCAUCACCUCAGACGGAUACCGGGAUAUCGGGCCCGGUUUGUCGCACCAUCCCUACAAAAAAUGUCGGUUCUGAGUCCAGGCUCCACACUGGCCUCUCACAUUCUUGCUCCUUCCUCGAUGAGGCAUCGGCCAACAUUGAUGCAAUCCGCCAGUCAUCAGGAAAUACUACUAGCCAGAAUGCGCAUUCGGAGCUUCAAUAUCUCUCCGGCCGGUUGACCACGACGGAAGUUGAGCAACAAGUUGCACAGGAUUCCGCCACAUUCUAUAUACCUUCGAAGGCAAUCGGCUACCGGCUGAUCGGCAGAUUCUUGGAGGAUGGUGAACUAGGUGAACCAUUCUUCUCAUUUCCGUCGGACGACGUCGUACGGCAAGUGGUAUUUGAACCUCACAAAGUCCGGGAACGGGGAUGGAUCGCCUACUUCAAUUAUACGAUGCUUUGCAUCGUCUCCAAUGAGAAUGGAGAAAAUAGCGAGACGAAGAACUUCCGGCGAAACGUGCAACUCGCGCUGAACGAUAGCAGCAUCUUCCUCGAACCAUGUCUCGUCAAUGUGCAGGCUUUGUGCUUCCUAGCAAUGCAUGGCGAGGAUUAUGCUGCGCCAAAUCUAUCCUGGAUGCUGCUAGGACAUGCAUGUAGACAGGCCCAAGCUCUGGGAUUACAUUCACCGACCCACCAGGACACUGACUCGCGACAGCAACGGCUUUGUCUCUUUUGGCUCCUCUUCCUAAUAGACAAAUCUUGCUCCCUCUCAUUUAGCAGACCGGCGUUUCUUCCCACAGCGUUCUACCACAACGUCCCGUUACCAGACCGGUCCUUUUUGCUCAAAUUCAAACCGCAUGAGCGUGCGUGGUUUGUGAAUGGGCAGCCAUCUGUAUAUGGCUCGCGCUAUGGUUCUGAGUUUUUCACACAUUAUAUUCAGUGGGCAAAGCUCGCAGGGUCAGUUGUGGAUCUUCUCGCAACGGAUGGCUCAAUACAUCGAAAGCAAGAGAUUCGAUCAAGCCUCGAGACUUGGUACUUGGACACCAAUCAGUCCCUCACAGCCAUCGCCCAUGCCGAAAGUGCCUCGGCAAGUGCCAGCCAAAUGCGCGAAAUGAACUUGGGAAUCAGCACUAUGAAGUUCCAGUAUUUAAACUCCCUCAUUCUGCUACUGAAGGGGGAUGACUCUUCGUCGAAUUUACGCCUUUCGUCUGCCCGCGAGGCCAUCUCUACACUGAGCUUCAUGGUGUCAAAUUGGAGCUCGGUAUACAAUGGAGUAGUAUGGCAACUUCUGUAUUGUCCGUUUACCCCUUUCUUUGUCAUAUUCGGAAACAUAGUCAACAACGACAGCCCCCAGAUAGCUACAGUCGAGCAAGAUCUGAGCCUUUUAUCUGCCACGGUAGACUAUUUCGUGGCAAUGAGAUCGCAGAUGCGCUUACUAGCCACUGUAUGUUCCAGGUUGCAGCAUACUGCAUCUGUCUUCCUACAACUAGCUCGGACUCAUGUUUCGGGUCGUGUCCUGACCCAGACAUACGAAAAGCCUGCAAAUCCAUUCCAACCGCCGCCCACUCAGCCCACCUACACCUAUGGCCAGCAUCCUGAAGACCUGAUGGAUUUGGAUCUUGGAGAAUUAGACGUCUCCAACUAUCUCGAAUGGUUGCCUGCAGAUAUGGGAUCCGCAUGGCCGAUAUUUGACACCAAUCGACCAGACAUGUCUUCUCGCCUUGGUAAUAAGAGACCUAGUCAGGGAAGCGGAUUUGACUGGUUCUCUUGGGACACCUACUAUUCGGGGGCGGAGACAUGA